AUGGGAAAUCAACUUGGAGAGCCGGAAUAUGUUUCUGCACAAGGGGUGCAACUGUACAGUCCACCAUGGUGUUACAAACCCACGGGGACUUGGUCGAUGAUGAGCAAGCGAGGGAACACCCUCUAUAUAUCUGGAUUACGCGGCAUCUGUCCCGAAACAUCAGAACUGGUACCGAUUGUGGCCACGGACGAGGAUGAAGGCCCUUCGAGGGAGUCACCAGCGUACCCUCGUGUAUUGAAAGCCUUCCAAAACAUGCAGAUGAUCAUCGAAGCCGCCGGAGCAUCGCUUGGCGACUGUCUUCGCCUCGUAGUAUACACUACUGACAUGCCCAAAUAUCGGCCGUUGGUGAACGAGGCACAGAAAGAGAUCUGGGGCGAUGUGCCUUUCCCACCUCGCUCGAUUGUAGAAGUCUCCAGAUUGAACCAAGACGAUAUUGUCGAGGUGGAGAGUACUUUUGCAAUUCCUGCUUAG